UUUCAGAGAUUUCAUUGGUCGAGCCCAGAGGAAUCCGCACGGUGGGGCAGACUGAAGCCAUUUUAUCAUUUUAACAGCAGAGGCACAGGUGCACCAACGUUUUCCUAAAAUUACAGUUUUCUAAAGCAACAUAACUGUUUAGCGUGUAGCGCUCGCGACGGAAUGGGGCAGUGUGGAAUUACGUCAUCUAAAACCGUCCUGGUUUUCCUCAAUCUCAUAUUUUGGGCUGCAGCUGGAAUUUUAUGCUACAUCGGAGCCUAUGUGUUCAUCUCCUAUGACGACUAUGACCACUUCUUUGAAGAUGUGUACACUUUGAUUCCUGCUGUGGUGAUCAUCGCUGUCGGCACUCUUCUGUUCAUCAUAGGCUUGAUCGGCUGCUGUGCAACAAUACGUGAAAGCUCUUGUGGCUUGGCAACCUUUGCUGCCAUUCUUCUGCUGGUCUUUGUGACUGAGUGUGUGGUGGUGGUGCUUGGCUACAUAUACAGGGCAAAGGUUGAAGAUCAGGUUAAUCACUCCAUUCAGAAGGUUUACAAUGAGUACAGUGGGAUCAAUUCUGAUGCUCCCAGUCGUGCUAUUGACUACGUGCAGAAGCAGCUCCACUGCUGUGGGAUUCACAACUACUCUGACUGGAGGAACACGCACUGGUUUAUAGAAUCCAAGAAUAACAGUGUCCCAGUGAGCUGCUGUCAGCCCAACAUCAGCAACUGCACCGGCACCCUUACUCGACCUGGUGACCUGUACCAAGAGGGUUGUGAAGCCCUUGUUGUGAAGAAAUUAAAGGAGAUAAUGAUGUACGUGAUAUGGGCGGCAUUAACCUUUGCGUCUAUACAGAUGCUGGGCAUGCUCUGUGCCUGCGUGGUGCUGUGCAGGAGGGGCCAUGACCCGGCGUACGAGCUGCUGGUCACAACCAAUAGCUACGCAUGAAGGAUGCAGCCGGUCAACGCAGCACCCAGACACUCAACAGGAUCGCCAUCAGAACCGUUCACAGUAGUUCAGCUGUAGUUAUAUAAGCUCAAACACACUUUGCACAACUCAAGAUGGAGUAGCAAACACUAACAAUGAGGUUGUUUUUUUGUUUUUUUUGGGGUGGUUUAAAGAGAAAAAACUGCUCUUUAUUGUCAUGCUGUAUAAGUUAAAUGUUUCUCCUUUUCUCGCUCAUUUCUAGAUGUAAAUGCCAAAGUUGUAUGCGACAAGUGUAACAUUACUGUUGUAGAUUUCUUUUGGUGAUUUAUGAAAUGUGAGGAUGAUGACGGGUCAUGUGAAGAAGUGUGAACAUUUGACCAGAGGUGCUGUAUUGAAUGUAUUAGCUGAUGUGCAAAUUUGCACUGCAGCUCUGAUGGUUGUAAAAGUGCACAAGCUUUGGUAUAGAAAAUGUACAAAUGUACACUACUCCUAAAAUCCUCAUCUGACAAGAGUUUUUUUGUUUUGUUUUGUUUCUUUAAUUUGUGCUGUAAAUUUCCAAUAUUUUUUUUAUCUUAGUCACUUUAGGCAUACAGUGUUUAGAUAAUAAGGAACAACAAUGAAGCAGAAGUGAGUAUUUUUUCCAUUCAUUUUUCAUUUGACAUUUCCUUUUAUGUUUGUGUUUGGUAGAAAAAGUUCCUCAUCUUUAUUAAAAAUUAGAUUGUGGCAAAAAUGGUUUUUGAUGAGUCUGUCCAAUGAGUGAGGUAAAGUAUAAAUAGCAAACCCACCUUUUUAGUUUUGGUGCCACAAAUGAGAGCUAUUAAAAGUGAUACCAGAAUUCUUUAGUUUGUUUAUAUUUCUUUCCUCAUUUACUGGUAGUUUUUGAUCUGGGAAUAUUGUAGACAUGUUAAAUUUGUUAAGUUUUUCCAUAGUUGCUUUGUGCUUCUGGAAAAAUGAGUCAUUAAUUGUAUUGAAAUGGAGACACAAAAAAAAAAUAAACCUGUAAAUUUCAACCAGA